AUGAGUGCAGGAGCAGCUCAGGGAGCAAACGACCUUCCUCCUGCAGAGGUGACGACCGGCAAUGUCACACUUACCACGACAACAAGCCGCCCAGCGUCAUUGAAAGAUCCAUACUGCGCCUUGAGCUCGAAUCGACGAAGAUGUAUCCUUACCAUCGUGACAGUUGCUGGUGCCUUGGGACCACUCGCCGGGAAUAUCUAUCUACCUGCACUACCAGUCCUUCAACAAGCCUUCGGAGUGGGACCAACCGCAAUAAAUGCUACAGUCUCUUUGUUCAUGAUUGUAUUUGCCUUCGCACCCUUGUUCUGGACCAGCUUUUCUGAUUAUAAAGGCCGACGUCCUCUAUACAUCAUCUCCUUGGCUAUAUACAUUAUAGCCAACGUACUCACUGCUGCUGUACCUGCCGAUUUCGGAGCACUUGUCUUUUUGCGUAUCCUACAAGCCUUCGGCUCUGCUGCGGUUGUAUCAAUGGGAGCUGGAACUGUAGCAGACAUAACGGAACCAGCAAGUCGUGGCAAAGCUAUGUCUCAUUUCUUGCUUGGGCCACAGAUAGGACCAAUUAUUGGGCCUGUAAUAGGAGGUGCUUUAGCUGGAACCUCGUGGAGAUGGAUUUUCGGAUUUCUGGCACUCUCAGGUUUCGCACUGUGGGCAGUCGUGGGCCUAGCACUUCCUGAGACCCUCAGGUGUCGUGUCGGAAAUAGUCGAAUCAACGCUGAAAAGUCUUGGUUGAUCUGGCCGCCUCGUUUCUCGAUGGCAACUGCACCGCUUGAGGAACAGGGUCCUCCGCCGCCACGUCCGACCUUGAUGGGAUAUUGGAGAUUGUUCAGCUAUCCGCCGAUCGGAAUCGUGUCUUUCAACACUGCAAUUCUCUAUGCAACGUAUUUCUGCAUUGCCGUCGACCUUCCAAGAACCCUUCAGGAUGUAUAUGGUUGGAAUUCGGCUGCUGUUGGUGCGUCAUACCUGGCUGUGGGCGCAGCACUCAUUAUUGGCUCUCUCGUGGGUGGAAGAGCCAACGAUGCGCGGCGCAAACACCUGGUCAAAUCAUCGUCCGAAGACGAGAUCCCUCCUGAGACCCGGCUGAUCGACCAGAUAUGGGGAGUCAUUCUCUGUGCUUCAGGGACACUUAUGUAUGGAUGGUUCAUUGAGCGAGAAUAUCAUCCGGCGGCGGUUCUGGUCAGUACAUUCUUGGUCGGUUUCGGUAUGAGCUGGGUCUUUGUGUCUUCAACAGCAUUUCUGACGGAAUGCGUGCAACAACAAGCAGCUGGGGCUUUUGCGUUGGGAAACAUGCUUCGUAAUCCUGCGGCUGCUAUUGCUGCUCUAUUGACUCCUUCUUUGACGCGAAAUAUGGGGAUAGGAUGGUUCUUCUCAGGUAUUGGUAUCUUGGAUCUAUUUGUGGUGGGAAGCGCGGUCUUGUUGCUAAGAGUUCGAAGCCCGUACUGGCGAGCGAAGAGAAAACCCUCACCCUAG